UAUGACAAAAAAAGUUGAGCUCUUGAUUGUACUAGGGACAUUUUUUAGAGUCUGUUUUCUACCACAGAAAUACUUGAAAAAAACGUUUGAUGAUUGUAAAGACCAUGUUGCAUUAAUUGGACUGCAUUGAUUUCAGUUUAUCUGAAGGCUGAAAGAUGACAUGAUUCAUAAUUAAUACAUGCUCGUUGUGUAAUUCCAAAAUAUUGCUGUCAUUUCCUGCUUUAUAAUACAGUCCAGUCAACAUCCUGUGACUUAGGGGAAUCCGGAGAGGAUAUGUGCCUCGGCACUCCUCCACGAUUCAGCUUUACUUUGUUCAACCUUCCCCUCUUGGAGGCAGGGAGAGUCUUUCCCAGUAUAAAAUGUGCAGCCUGUUCUCAGAGCCACAACUUUUUCAUUUUCUGGGAUCAGACUGCAUGGGAUGGUCUCCAUAAAGCUGUUCUGAGCUGUGUUUAGGAGAUUCUGCUGAAUGCCUCCGGGACCAAAUGCAGUGCAUGAUGAGAUCCUUGCAGGACCUGAAGCAGAUAAGCAGGCCGAGGCCACUGAGUGAACCAUGUGCUCGGUCCUUCGCUGUGACACGGCUCUGCAAACAGAGGGCACAGCAAGAGCGACUCAAUCGUCUACGUGUUUCUGACGCCAGCACAUAUGACUCUGCCUGCUGCCUGGCCAGCACCUUGGAAGAAGAGGAAGAGCAUCAGGAGCAUGAACGGUUGGCACGAGACUCCCCAAGCAGUGAAAAGAGUCUGGACAUUGACUCGGGUUACUCUGAGGCUUCUUGGCACGAUGAAGGUGUGGUGCUGAGGAGGACCAGGAAUGUGCGAGUCUCAUCUUCUGCCUGCCUCCGCACAAACAGAGGACCUUCUGGCCGAAUUCGCCCCAAAUCCACCUCGGACGCUUGCCUGGAGCGCUGGACCUCAUUUGAGGCCAGUGACCCAGAGGACUGGACAACAUCGCUGCUGAGCCGCAGCAGGAACAGACAGCCUCUGGUUCUGGGGGACAACAGCUUUGCUGACCUAAUAAAGAACUGGAUGGACCUACCAGAGUGUCCUGAGCCAGCAGAACUAAAACCCAGUGCGGGCCGGCGUCUUGCCAAAGACAUUUUGAUCAAUAUGCGGCGCAGAUUGGCAGGGAUGUCUAAAAGUGUGGAGGUGAGGCCAAGGCCAGCAGACUCCACAAGGGUCUGCAGGGCUGCAGAGGAUCCCAAACGGAUGUCCUGUCCUGUGGGACUCCAGGCUCUCAAACCUUUCUUUCACCAGUCCCACACAGGCCUACAUCAACCAGACACUGACUUCUACCAGUUCACUGCUCUAAUGAAGACAGGCAGCCGACAACCCAUCAUAUGCAAUGACAUUAUUGGAUACAUUUAAGUAAGGCUGUAAUCACAGAAUGAGCCUUUAACACAAAAUAAAAUAAGAUGGUUCUAUUUUCAUAAUUGGAUUUUUGUCUACAAUGCUGACACAUCUGUAAUAAAAGUGUUUUGGAUUUAA